CCGCCAUGCAUGCACAAGAAAAAAGCCGUGAACAGAGUAUGAAAACGGAUGAGAAACUGCAGAAACAUGGCAUUAGAAGAUUGGUUAUUAAACGAUUAAAAAAUAGCAUUACCAUAGCUUACGUGACGCCGGAAAAUCAGCAGAAAAGAACAAAUAAAAGAUUUGUCCUUCCAGAGCAGGUAAGGACAAAAAUUCAACACAGUCCGGGAGUCUUUGAGUUGGAACCUUUACCUAGAAAUGGAAUUGUGUACUGUACACUAUUGAAUGGCGAACGAAUUCAACCCAAUGACUUUGUGUUUGUGUCCUCGCCGUUUGCUGGCGAACCAUUUCAAAUAGCUCGAAUUAUGUCUUUUGAAAAAUCCGAAUCUUGUCUUGGGACUAACUUGUAUGACUCUGUCCGUUUGAAUUGGUUUUUUCGGCCACGUGAUAUUCAACGAAAUUCUUCUGAUACGCGUCUUUUGUACGCUAGUAUGCACAGCGAUAUAUACAAUAUUGGAUUCAUCCAAGAACUCGUAAGCGUGAAACACAAAACAGAAAUUCACAAUUUUGAUGAAUAUACAAGACAGCCGAAAUCAUUUCAUUAUGACCGCCUGUUUGAUCAAAAUAUCAAUAAGGUCUUCGACUUACUACCUGUCCAUAAUAUAACAAAUCUACCUAAACACACUCUUUUCCAACUACAAAAUAACUAUGAUUUCGCUAUUGUAGAGUUAGGGAAAGGACGAGCCUUGAUGGAAGCACCCCGACUUUGCAACGUCUGCGACGAAUGGUGUUCUUUAGAUUUUUCGGUACAAUGUGCAGACUGCAAGAGACAUUAUCAUAUGAAAUGUGUGCAUCCGCCGUUGGUAAAAAAGCCGCCUCAUGGUUUUGGCUGGACUUGUGCAUUAUGUUCUGUUUCACAUCGACAAAAAAAAUCUUCCCUACGAAACUCCGCUACAUUGAUGACGCCUAGUGAAUCCCAACCAAUAGAAACAUCAGUCUCUUCGGUAAAAGAAGAUACUGAUACUAAUGAUGAAACUAAUAACUCUGACAUGCAUACACCCUCAAACUUUUCUUCCAUGGCGACUCCUGAUAAUCAUAUAGAAAAAGAUGAUACUUUGAGCUCUUCUACUGAAGUGGUCGUAUCACCCUUAGAAUCAGUACCAGGCAGUUCCUUUUCAAAGCUUCGCCGCCUCCCGUGGAACAUGCGUUACAUAGAUUUACGAAGUGACUUUGAUGAUGAAAGUGAAUCUGACUUGUAUCCUUCCCGCGUCCGCUCUGCCACAUCUCCAGGGUUUUCUUCUACGGUUGAACUUCAUUCAAAAGCUCCUAGAUUACUGACUACUGCGGAUGAAGAGAUUGAUCAAAACGUGCGUUCUUUAGAAAAUGCCAAAUCAGACCUGCCCUCUUUUUUUGCCAAAUGGCCAUUCUUAAAAAACAUACAUUUAAAGGGAUUUCUAUUCCCUUUUUUUGAACCAUCCCUACGCGGAGGAAUGCUUUUAGUUCCUCUAGAGCUUGAUGAUUCGGAUUUAGAUGACUAUUUACGAAAAAGUUGGAAUCAAUGGAAGAACUUAAAGAUUGCGAUUUCUCCAUUCGUGCUUUUAGAUGUCUCCAUGGCAUUCUUAUACCAAAAUGAGCUGAAUAUGACGAAUGCUCUUGACAAUUUGCAGAGACUCAUAACAGGAAGUGAUUUUCCAAACGUGGAGUCCCUACAAAUUGAUGAAAAGAGAUUCGGGGAGCUUGUGAAAGCCUAUGGAGGGUCUUUGCACGUUAUACAUCGUUCUUUGGAGGCCCGCUGCUCUUUAAAAGAACUUUUACAAUUUUAUUUGGCGUGGAGUAUAUCUGCGAAGGGGACUGCAAUUCUGAAGGAUUUUGCUGCAACGAAGGAAAGAGAAGGAAGUUGGGAAGAAAAGUUCACACUGUUUUCUAACUAUGAGCUUUAUGAUCCUUCUAAAUUACUAAGAUAUAAAAAGCCUAUGGUCUGCCGCAAUUGCCAAAGUCGCAAAAGCUCUGAAUGGUUUGUCGGUCCAGGGACGGAUAACACUAAUAAAGAUAAGAAUAAACUUGUUAUAUUCUGUGAAAGGUGUGGUAUUAUAUGGAAGUACUAUGCAACCACCUCGCAAAAAGCAUUAGGUGUUGAGUUUGGUCGUUCGACUGAGAAAGUUGUCAAAAGAAGAAUAUUAGAAUGGGAGCAAUUGUUUGCUAAUAUCCAUAAUAUAGGCAACAGUCACCAUACUCGUGACGAUAGCCCAGGUGUAUCGCCAUCACUGACUAUUGAUAGUCAUAAGGCUAACAAUGUUAAAUCAGCAAGCGAAAGUUCUCCGCGUCUUCAAAGCCCACUUAAUAGAAAUCCGAGAAAUGGUACUUCAAAGAUCAAAGUCGAAGCUUCAUUACCGGCAUUGAUAACAAAGAAAGAAUGCAAUUUAUGCGGAGGAAACAACUACGACGAUUUAAUUGGAUGUCACCGAUGUGGAUUAAUUGUUCACACAUCGUGCCAGGGCUUAAAAAAGGGGGCAGACGAUCAACCGAAAUUGAUGUCCAUGAUAUCUACUAGUCGAUCAACUAGAAGUGCGGCGAACAAUAACACCAAAUCUCAUCAUUCUAUAGAAAGUACUCAGUGGUUAUGUGAAAGUUGUACCUUUGUUACGAAGUUUGGACUUGAUAGUACCCCUGAGUGUUUAUUAUGCUGUCAAACGGAUCCGCAAUUAUCAAUGAAAAGGACUGUAGAAGGAAAUUGGGUUCAUAUGUUGUGUGCUGCUUGGACACCUGGUGUUAUAAUUUCAAACGAUGAAUCUGAGCCCGUUCUAGGAAUUGGUAGUUUACCAUCGGAUGUUUGGGCUAAUACUUGUGAAAUAUGUCAACUUGGCCGUGGCGUGGUUGUGUCUUGCCAUAAUAAUAACGCAUCGCUUGCUCAUAUAAGCUGUGCGUUAAAAUCUGGAUGGAACCUCUGUUUUGAUUUAAUUCGAAGAGAUACGCCUAAAUACAAUAUUGAAAUUGGGAUGUCGACAUUGUCGUUUUUUAACAGCUACUCGGUCACCAGCAAUGAAGCGGAUUUAUCUCCUUACCUUUCUUUGAAGCCAGUCGUGUUUCGCGGCCAUGCUAAUAUCCCUCGUAAUCUUAUACCUCGCACAAGCACAAUACCGUCGCUGGGUAAAAAUUCCUGGAAGGCUUAUUUAGAAAGUAUGAACAGCAAACACGCAUUCUAUUUCUUACAAGCAGCUCAAACUUAUACACCCUUGGAAGAGCAACAAUUAUUUGAAGAAAGUUGUAGCAAAUGUUCGACGACAAUGAGUCCAUAUUGGUGGCCGGGAGGCCUUUGUCAUAUGUGUUAUUUCCACCGUUCCCCGGAAAGUGAGUUACCCAUUACGAAUGUUUAAUUUUUUUGGUAUUUUACGGGAUAUAUUUAUUUAAUUUAUUUUGGGAUGGGAUAUGAUUAUUUCUAAUGUGCAUAAAUGUAUGAGUGAUGUUUCGCAUUCUCUUUCACUUUUUCGUUUUCGUUUUCUUUAUUUAGUACUGUGAUUGAGUUAAUAAAAGUUUUUGGUAUAUGGGC